UCUCACUGCCCUUUUGUGGCAGUAUAAAUUAGCCUAGAGACCCUAUACCCUUGCUAUUAGCUCAUCACUACUACUGAACCUUUUCUCUUUCUCUCUCCUUCUCUCUAUAGCCUCUUUCAUACUCUCUAAACUAUAGAAAUCAUAAGGCACUUAUGAUCUAAUCACUAACACAUCUAUUUACCCAAUCCCCCACCCGCUUUCCUUUUCAUGAGUUCCCUUCCUUUCCCACCACCUUUCUCUUUCUCUCACUGUUUCACUCCACUAUUUCCUUUCCUUUUUCCUGCUCUCCCAACCCUUCUACUUUUGCCAUACCCCCUUCACCAAACCUCCAUUCUCUCGGAUACCUUCUUGCACGGACUUUACCUUGGCCUCCCCCAUUUGUUUGCUUUUUCCUUGAGCUUAGAUAAAUGACAACAGGAACCACAUCAACGGCCUCCGGCUUCACGGCCUUCCCCGAUCUUUCCCUCCAGAUCAGCCCGCCGGCGAUAUCCAUUAAUGAAUCCAUGAGGAGGGCUUUCUUCUGGGACUAUAAUUCGAUGUCAGACUCCGGGAGCAGCGGGAGCGAUAUGAGUCAUGACCAAGGUUUCUUGCACUCAGAGGGGGUCCAGGAUCCUGGCCAUGGCGAGCCAACGCUGAGCCUUGGGUUCAAGACGGCUGCGUCGGAUCCGCUGCACCACCAACUCUACCACAACCUUCACCACCACCACCACCAUCACUCCCACCAUCCUCAGAUCUACGGAUUCAAGCGGAAACUUCAUGGAGGAAAGAGAAGCAUUAGGGCUCCAAGGAUGAGGUGGACCAGCACCCUCCACUCCCAUUUUGUGCACGCCGUCGAGCUCCUUGGUGGUCAUGAGAGGGCCACGCCAAAGUCGGUUUUGGAGCUGAUGAAUGUGAAGGAUUUAACACUGGCUCAUGUGAAAAGCCACCUUCAGAUGUAUAGAACAGUGAAGAGCACCGACAGAGGGGCAGGCCGAGGCCAGACAGACAUGGGCAUGAACCAGAGGACAGGAGGAAUGGGGGAAGUGGAGGGAGGACUAUCAUGCGACAGAGCUGGGAUCAGCCCUUUCUAUUCCCUCAGUGCACCAACCCCACCAACGCCACUACCCAAAUCCCCUAGAGGACCAUAUGCAUCCACGGAGGAGAACACUUGGAAUGCAGCGAUGCAGCAAAAUGAGAUGUCACACUGCUACCUCAAAUGUGAUAAUUUUUUAAACAAAGAAAAUCAGGCAGUGGUGGAGGUAGGAGAAGCCCUCCAUCUAUCUCCAAGGGGAGGCCAAGGGGGAACAAACCUGAGGACAAGCUUUUCGCCAUCUCUGCAGACUGAUGCCAACAUGUUCCAUAAGCUACCGAACCUAGAAAUCACCUUAGGAAGACAAAGUUGGCAAAUUGAAUGUGUCGAAUCAUCGAAGGAACUGACCCUUCAUAAGCGUUUGUGAAGUUUGAAAAGAACCAAAAAAAAAAAUCAAAUCCUUCUAAACUUGAGGGAGAAGUGUGGUUUGUUGUAAGUUUUGCUUUGGAACAAGAAAAUCAUCCCAUCAACUCUCAAUUAACCUGCAUAUAUUAUACUGUCUGAUUCGGAAAA